UCGACGGUGGCGCGUCGGGCGCGGCUGGAUCACGACCCCCGCCCGGUGAACUAUAUAUAAUCAGCCAUUCGGAGCUACGCUGAAGUCAGUUUGCUCCCCAAUCGUGAAAGUGAUCGAUCGAACUACACAAAGAAUUCGUCGCGACGCGAAAUGGUGCUUAAACUCGUUACGAUCGCCCUGUCGAUCCUGAUCGGUGCUCGGUCGAUACUGGCGGCGGCUCCCGACGUGACCAAUCAGAUCGAUGUGGACGCGAUCCGGGAACGGCUUCCGGGCAAUCUGCCCAUCCCGUCGAUGGAUGAGGUCGAGCGGUUGCUGCGGGAGAAGUGCGAAUCAUCGGGUGCACCCGACGGUGCGUACAACAACGCGAAGGAAGCGGGUAAAACGUUCUUCGAGUGCGGCAAGAGUCUGAUCGACAUCGAGCAGUUCCAGCAGGAGGUGGAAGCGGCCAAACCGACGGGCGAUCUCGACACGGUGUUCAACAAAUACUGCCGCAAACGGUCGACCCUGAUCGAGUGCGUGAACACGUUCGCCAACGCGAUCGAUCCGUGUCUGGAUGCGGACGAGAAGGUGUUCAAGCGGUCCGGGCUGGACAUUUUCAAGAAUCUGCUCAACUUCGUAUGCCACAAAGACGGCGAUCAGAUUGCACUUUUCAUUGCAGAGAAAGGGCCCGAGUGCUUCUUGGAGCAGAAGGACGAUUUGAUCGCGUGCAUUAACAGCACGUUCUCGGGCUACAUCCCGGAGACGAACCUCGACACCAUCCCGAAGCUGGUGAUUGGACCGAAGCAGUGCGAGGACUUUACGAAGCUACAGAACUGCAUGGUGCGAGAGCUAGAGCAGUGCGAUGAGUCGACGCCCGCGAACCUGGUGGAGUCACUGUUCCGGUACAUCAAGAAAGGAUCACCGUGCGCGAACAACGCUGGCCGUAAGUAGCCAGGUCGCGAUCGGGAGAAACACUUCCUAGUUCUUUGCAAGAUAACUCCCACCACUUUGGGGCGAAUAAAAAUGUUGUUAAUACGUG